AUGCAGGACGCGACAAAGACACUGUCGGUGGCCCUCGCGCUCCUCGUCGUCUGCGCCGCAGCUCAAGAGCUCUCGAACCCACUCGCCCCAUGUCGCGCGUCGCAGUAUCUCGACACGAACAGCGCACCUGCAACGUGCGUCGAGUAUGCCAAUCAGGGCGUCAAAGCCACGUCGGACUACGACCAAGUCGUGGAUUCGGGCAACACGGCCUGGAUGCUGACAGCAAGUGCACUCGUGAUGAUCAUGACCCCGGGCGUCGCGUUUUUCUACGCGGGUCUCGCGGGCGAAGACAUGGCGUCGAAUACAAUGAUGAUGUCGUUUGUCAGCAUUGCGCUCGUGUCGAUUCAAUUUUGGGCGUUCGGCUACUCGGCGGCUUUUAGCUCCAACGGUGUGUUUGGUUGGGCCGCUUUUAACGGCGUCCAGCAGUACCCGAGCGGGACGUACGGCACGGGCAUUCCGCACAUUUUGUUUGCGUUUUACCAGACGCAGUUCGCCAGUAUCACGCCCGCGCUGUUGAGCGGCGGCAUUGUCGGCCGCAUGAAGUUUGGCUCGUACCUGCUCUUCAUUUUCCUCUGGACAUCACUGGUGUACGACCCAUUGGCCCAUUGGAUGUGGUCCUUGGAACUCGACAGUUCGUGGACCGUCACGGCAAUGGGUUGGGAGGCGAAAAUGGGCUCGAUCGACUUUGCUGGCGGCACUGUGAUCCACGUUUCGAGUGGCUUUGGCGCACUGGCUGCUGCGUUGAUGGUCGGGAAGCGGUACAAUCACGGCGAACCCGUGAAGCCACACAACGUGCCACUGGUGAUGAUUGGCGCGACGUUGCUAUGGUUUGGCUGGUUUGGCUUCAAUGCUGGUUCGCAGGCUGCUGCUGACGGUAUCGCUGCAACAGCUGCUAUCAACACACACCUUGCUUCGAGUGCAGGAUUCUUGACGUGGGUGGCACUGGAGUUUGCCAUGUUCAAGAAGUUUGACCCGUGCGGCGCUGCGAGUGGCGCGAUCUCCGGCCUCGUGUCGAUCACUCCUGCUUGUGGGUACGUCCACCCAUGGGCUGCCAUUAUCUUUGGCGUCACGGGUGCUGCAACGGGGUUUGGAGCGAUUCAGAUGAAAAAGUACCUGCGCUACGACGACACGCUCGACUCCUUUGCGAUCCACGGCUGUGGCGGUGUGAUGGGCGGACUCCUCACGGGUCUAUUCGCGACGUCGGACGUGAACCCGAACAUCGAAGGCGGCGCCUUCUACGGCCAUGGCAUGCAGUUUGUACAUCAACUGGUCUCGCAGUGUGUCGCUGCGGCGUACUCGUUCGUGGUGACGAUCAUAAUCCUCUUUGUGCUGAAAGUCACAGUUGGGCUCCGCGUGGACGACGAGAAGGAGGUCAAUGGCAUUGACAUCUCGUAUCACGGCGGACUCGCCUAUGACUAUAGCGCUCAAGACCAUACUGGCCCGACCGUGAAGGCUGCGAAUCCUCCGACGUGCGAUUUUGCCGCUAUGAUGACACCAAGUGUUUCUCAGGAUACUGCAUAG